AUUGUCGAUUGUCGCCAUUGUGCAGAGCGAGCGGUGGACGCGCGGUGCCGCUACGAAUUCGCGAUUAUUAUCGUAUCGACAACGCUAAUCGAUCGUGAAACAGUUGAACAAUUAAUAAAUACAGUUGUAAUUUCCGUGUAAGACAGUGUUUUGUUUUUCGUGCAGUGUUCAGAGGACUGAGUUUUUACCGCAAGUGUGAACGGCUUCAAGCUGGAGCUGGACUUACACCAACGUGCCAGCGGGCACUUCAUGAGUGCCGCUGGUGCGAUGUGCGACCGGCCGAGCUUCGGGAGCACGAUGGGCCACUUCCCCAUGGGCAUGUCGGCCAUGGGGGCCAUCGGCUCCAUGGGCUCCAUAGCCAUGAACGGGCAGCAGCAGAAGAAGGUCCAGGAGGAGCACAUCAAGCGGCCCAUGAACGCGUUCAUGGUCUGGUCCCGGCUGCAGAGGAGGAAGAUUGCCCAGGACAACCCAAAGAUGCACAAUUCGGAGAUCUCGAAGAGAUUAGGUGCAGAAUGGAAGCUGCUCACGGAAGAUGAGAAGCGGCCGUUCAUUGACGAAGCUAAGCGGCUCCGAGCCAUGCACAUGAAGGAACACCCCGACUACAAGUACCGGCCUCGGAGGAAGCCCAAGACCUUGAGGAAGGAGGGGUACCCGUACUCGAUACCGUACCCCAGUGUACCCAUGGACGCGCUCAGAGCUGGCAUGGCAGGAGGUGGCAUGGGGCAAGCCAUGGGCGGCUACUACGGAGCGGCGUAUGGGCCGCUUGGAGCCAGCAUGGCCGCCGCCGCCGCUGCAGCUGCCCAGCAGAACGCCAUCUCUGCUGCGCUGACGCCUAACGCUCAGGUUGGCUCAUCAAUGGACAUGUCCAAAUACUCGAUCGAAGCGGAGAAGUACAGGAGCUACGGCAUGUACGACCCCUCCCGAGGGUACCUGGACUCAGCAGCGCUGUCCAAGGCGUACAUGUACAUGGACCAGCAGCAGCAGCGCUCCUACCCCAUGGACAUCAGCAAGAUGUACUCCGAAGCCUCCGCCGCAGCCAUGGCCGGACUCAGCUCAGCCGUCAACUCCGCACCAUCCAGUCUCUCGCCGCGGUCACCGGCUGAGUCACCAGACAUGACUACAAAGACCCAAGACAGGCCUGAAGGCAGCUCCUCCUCAGGGUCAAACCCCUCGCCUUCUCUUCCGUACUACCAAUCCUCACCAAGCAUCUUAAUGCCUCAGUACCCAGGACAGUAUGCGCAAGCCGCGCAAGGAGGAUCAGAAUUCAGGAGGCCGCUAACGGUCAUAUUCUGACCUGACACGUAAGCGUUGUUGUUGUUAAACUGACUUUUAUUGUUGUUUUUCGUGUUCGUGUAACUAUCAGCGGGUUUUUAAACGCAGCGUUUUGUGCAUAAACCAACUUGGCAUCAGUGUUUAAUGUACGCGGUUAAGGUUGCUGAUUCUUACGUCAAUGCGGAUUUCGUUUAUUGUUUAAGUAGAAAUUGUUUAGUUUUUGAUUAUCUUAUUUAUGUUUUUAUUUUCGCUUUAAUAAUCAGUGAUUAUUUUACUACUCACGAUACCUUUCGUGAUUUUCCAAAGUUCCUCUUUGAUUUUCCUUUUUAUAGUUUUAAGGAUUAAGAAAUAUUAUAAACAGAAGUAGGUAACGUUUCAAUAUUUGUAAAGUGUACAUAGUAAAUAGCUAUCUAAUAAAUAUUUUUAGAGUAAAAUUGUAACUGAGCAUUGCUGGGAAAAGGGUUUCACCUCCACUGACUUUUAUCAUUUUGAAAUUAAAGAUGAUAUUAUCAGCAUUAGAACUGCUUUUUACACUUUCAUUUUGUUUUAAAUCAGCCAAGAUAAUUUAAUUUAAUAUAUUUAAUUUAUUUUUGUUUCACUGCAUAUUGAUUAUGCUCUACAUAAUUUUCACAGCAAAGUUCAGUUAUAGGAUUUAUACAAAAAGUCCAAAUUAAAUUACAACGACUAUUCUAUAUUAUUAGGUGUUUCUGUAAAUAUUCCGGCAUGUCUCUUAAAAGUGUUCAAUACCUACAAUAAGAGAUGUGCCACUGUAUUAUAAUAAACGUAGAUAACUAUUUAUUUUAUGUUGCUUUUAGGGUCUUUUCAAAUUUUAAAACGCGGCGUUUUUACGUUCGUACGAACGCGGCGGCCAUAAAGUGCAUUUAUGUGUUGCCAUAACAGAAAAAUAUUUUACAUUUUUUUUUUCAAAUUGACAGAGAUUAUUAAUCUUGUGGGAAGAUUCAAUUUAAUACUCAGGCUUUUUAUCCUGUAAAUGUAAGGUGUAUUAAAAUUCUACAUAUUUGUGAGCAUUUUUCUUCGUGUACAAAAUAUUUUUUGUAUGAAAGUCAUACAUAUUUUAUGUUUUUUAAUGUCGAUUGAUGUUGACAUGUAGAGCUUGGCCAUUGGCCUUAUUGUAAAUUAUAUGAAGCUAAUUAAAAUUUGUAAAUGAAACAUAUUUGUGGGAAGUCGAUUGUUAUGAUGAGACUAUUAGAACUUAAUUGAAAUAUU